UGAAGAUGUUUUUACUGAUUUCAGAGAGGGAAAGAGAAACAUCAAUAUGUAAGAGAAACAUUGGUUGCCUCCUGUACACACCCCCACCAGGAAUCAAACCCGCAACCUAAGUAUGUGCCCUGACCGGAACAGAACCAGCAACCUUUCGGUGCCCAGUGACGCUCCAACCAACUGAGCCACACUGGCCAGGGCAUCUGAUGCUCGAUACUGCUCCCCAAACGUGUGGAGACAAGUAUAUCCCAAAGGCUAAUGAGAUUUUAGGUAACAGAAGGCUUUAAAAAGUAACACCGGGUCCCUCCUCAGGAUUGUUUGAGCUGCAGGGACAGCUGCUCUUUUGGCCUUCACCUGACCUCAGAAACUAGAAAUACUUAUUUUAAGCUUCGUCCCACUGGCCACUGUGGGCAGGGUGGAAAGUACCUGCCAGGUGUUGCCAUAAAAUUGACUCAGCCAACAGGAAACUUCGAAAAGCUUUGUGGUUUAAGAGCCCCCUCGCAGCCCUACCUUCCCCUGGCGUUCAAACCACAGCAUGAGUUGAGCGCCCCCUGUGUGCGGAGCUCGGUAACGAGCAAACAAAGGUGACUUCUUUCCAGGGUGUUUUACUUAUUAAGUCUACGAUCACCCUUCUGCAAGCAACCCUGGCUCCUACUUUACAAAUAAGACUAGCGGCAAAGGGCCUCGGGCCGUGGGCUAGUGGCCCUGACGGUAACUGCGCUGUGACCUUGAGCGGGUCGACGGCCCAGCGGGCGUUGACCCGAGGUUUCCCGUCGGAACCUUCGGCCCUGCUCAGCCGCCGCGGGGGCCGGGCCACAAGCUCAAGGCGUGAUGUACUCCGGCUUCCGUUCCGGGGGGGAGCAGGGGAAGCUUGGAAGUGUGUGCCCCGCCUCCUCUGCGGACUCCCAGGCACGGGGUGGUGCGCGGUGUCCUAGCUCCGGGCAGAAACCCGCUCCGGGGUCCCGGAAGGUCCGCUUCGUUCCUCGCGAAGGCUUCCUCUUCCGCCUGUCGCCGCACGAGGCCCGCCCCUCCCGCCGCCGGAAGAAGCCGUUGCCCGGAGCAACUGUAACGUCCUGCUUUCGGAGUUUGGCGGCGGGAAAGGCCAUGAGUAAAGGCAGGGCUGAAGCGGCGACUGGCGCCCCCGGGGUCCUCCUGAAGUACCUGCAGGAGCAGAACCGGCCCUACAGCGCCCAGGAUGUGUUUGGGAACCUGCAGCGGGAACACGGGCUGGGCAAAGCGGCCGUGGUGAAGGCGCUGGAGCAGCUGGCCCAACAAGGCAAGAUUAAAGAGAAGAUGUACGGCAAGCAGAAGAUCUAUUUUGCGGACCAGGACCAGUUUGACACGGUGAGUGAUGCUGACCUCCAAAGUUUGGAUGCCAAAAUCGUGACCCUCACUGCCAAGGUGCAGAGCUUGCAGCAGAGCUGUCGCCAAAUGGAGGCUGAGCUGAAGGAGUUAACUAGUGCCCUGACCACACCGGAGAUGCAGAAAGAGAUCCAGGAGCUAAAGAAGGAAUGUGCUGGCUACACAGAGAGACUGAAGAACAUCAAAGCAGCCACCAGCCACGUGACCCCGGAGGAGAAAGAACAGGUGUACAGCGAGAAGCAGAAGUACUGCAAGGAGUGGAGGAAGCGCAAGAGGAUGGCAACAGAGCUGUGUGAUGCAAUCCUGGAAGGGUACCCCAAGAGUAAGAAGCAGUUCUUUGAGGAAGUUGGGAUAGAGACAGAUGAAGAUUAUAAUGUCAAGCUCCCAGACCCCUGAGGGCCCCCGUGGUAGGACGGGUGACGGGGACGGAGUCCCAGACUGGCUGCCAGCGUUUUUAUUGUUGCUGCUUUCAACCUUUGAGCAGGGCAGCUGGGAGCGGGGCAUAAACCAGAGCGGGAGGGGAAGGAGUGCUGUCAUCCAGAGUCGAUGGGUACACUCAUCACAUGGUCUAGAAUGUAACACUUAGACUUGGAACAAAACUAAAGGAAAGCAUUUGGCAAUAUUUAUUGUAAUAUAAUUGGAUAUAAAAAUAUUUAAUUUCCUCUAGAUAAUCAAACCUCCCAGAUAACAAAUCUGAGGAAGGCAAAAGGGAAGUUGGGGGACAAAGGUAGAGAGAGGCUAUUAUACACAGCAUUCAAGGAGUCCAGGGCUGCACCCCAGACUCUCUUGGGUUCCAUAUACCUCAGGCCUUCACCCACCCCCAAGUUCUGGCAGAAAUGUAAGCAGCACAUGAAAGAUGGUAGAGACCCAGAUACAUCUGUCAGAAAGCUGGGGGUGGUUUUAAGGCCCAGCUAAUUUUUUUAAAAUUGUAGUUUCAGCAAAACUUUUGUUGGUAUUUAGAAAAAUAAAAACUUUUGUCACAUUUGACUUUGCUGAGCAGUGCCAGUGCCUGUGGGGACAGGGCAGGAGUAGGUGGAAGGUUGCUUCUGUCUGCUGCCCAGAGCAGCGAAGAGGUGGUAGAGUCAACAGCAGGAGCAGGACCCUGGCAGCCGAGCCUGAGCCGGCCAGAAAGCUGUGGCUCUACCUCGGGCUGACCAGGCAGCUCUAGCCUAGGCAUGAGCGGCCUUUCAGCCUUCAUAGCUGUGGAAGUCUUUUCUCUUAAUGCAUUCCUCCCGAGCGACUCCUGCCAAAA